AUGGCCCGCUUCCAGAAAGGCUCCCGGCAUUCUGGAAGGAGUGGCGCCAAGGACUUGUUUCGGGAGCUGGACCGCCUUGGCCCAGACAGCCAUGAAGGCCCUGUAGGCUUACUUGCCCGGCUCAACAGCCAGCAACUGCUUCAACGUCCUCCUGACUUCACUCGCCUGCUGGGCGCCUUGGGUAAGCGCAGCCUCUGGAACUUUGUGGCAUCUGUGCUGUGCGAGAUGCAGAAAGGCUUGCAGCUGGAUGUGAUUGCGCUUGGCGCAGCCGUGAAUGCCUACGCAGGAGCAGGACAGUGGUCGCAUUGCAGCGCGCUAUUACGCAGUGCGUGUGGGUCGGGAGUUUUGCCGGACCUCAUGACGUUCAACUCGGCCCUGCGGAGUGCAGACUUGUCGGCAUGCUGGAGGCCUGCCGUCAACUUCCUAGAUUUCCAGAGGCGUUGCAGUGUGCAGCCGGAUGUCAUCUCGUACAGCCUCUUUGCCGGAGCCUCCGGUCGCCAGGGGAAGUGGAGUUCAGUCUGUGGGCUUCUUCGGAUGCAUGGCUUGGUGCCAGAUGUCAUGAUGCUGGGCACGUCCCUCAUGGCCUGUGAAAAGGCGCAGCAGUGGGAGAGGGCCCUGCAGGCCGCAUCCGACAGCCAGCUGCAGCUGGAUAGGCAUGUCCUGAAUGCCGCCAUCAGCGCGUGCGCCGUGGGCUUGCAACCCAAGCUGGCACUUCAGAUAUUUGAGGAGAUGCGAGGCCAAAGCGUUGAAGCAGACGUGGUCACCUUCGGGGCCCUGGUCACAGCUGCUGAGAAGGGCCAACUGUGGCAUCAGGGCCUUGAGAUCCUGCAGAGGAGCCUGGCGCAAGGCACCGCACCAGACCUGGUGCUGGGCAGCGCGGUUAUCAGCGCCUGCGAGAAGGCAGCUGAGUGGCGCUGGGCGUUGCUGGCCGCGUCAAAGCUGCAAGGGCCUUUGAAGCUUCGGCCCAAUGAGAUCAUGUGCAACGCGGAGAUUAGCGCUUGUGCUGCAGCAGGGCAUUGGGAACUCGGACUGCUGCUCCUAAGCCAAAUGCGAAGUUGGAGCAUCCAACGGAGCACGGUGACUUACAACUCCUUGGCAGAGGCGUGUCAGAAAAGCCUCAGCUGGCAAGGGGUCCUCCGAACCUUGAGCGAUAUGAGAGAGGAUGCUCUGCAGCCCGACGUGAUCACAGCAUCCCUGGCUAGCUCUUCCUUGCAGGUUGCUGGGCAGGUGGCAUAUCUUCCUGAGCUUCUUGCCCAAGUAGCAGUUACACCCGGCCCAGCCACAUCCAGCGCACCAGGCCCCCACGAGUCUCGGCAGGUUACUGCCCUCGAGAUUCCGUCAGAGCAUGGCACAAUGCCAAGUGCUGCUGAGAGUUGCUUCCGCGCGGAAUGGCGGAGCUUGCGAUCCAAAUUGGAAGCGUUAUGCCUGGAAAGUGGGUCAACCAGCGAGACGGCUUCCUUCCGCCUGCUGGAUCGCAGGCUGAAUUCCUUCUUCUCCCUCGGUGCUCAUUUUACAGCCAUUGCAGUGCACACCUUCUUCCCGGCCCUUUCAAGGUGGCAGGCCUUGGCGCGUUUGGACGCACGGCGGGAAUCCACGCGCUGGUCCCAGGAGGCCAGUGCCCAGGGCCUCGCCGCUUGGGCGCAGAGCGCGCAGAGCGCGCAGAGCGCGCAGCGCGCAGACGGCGACAGCGCGAUCUUUGGCUACGGGGGCCUCGUGGACAAUGCGCUGCUUCCGCUCACUGUGCAGCAUGACCGGGCAGCAUGUCGGCAGACGGUUGUGGCAGCCGCCACUGAGAAGAGGAUCCUAAGGCCGCAAGGCCCGAAUUUGCAACGCCCCGCGCGGGCGGCCGGUGCUUUGCUGGCGUGCAGUGCGUGCAUUGCUUUCACACCGUGCUCCAAAUUUCUGAGCCGGAUUGGCAAGCGAGCGGCCCGGAAGGCGGCCUCUCGCCGCGUGUCCCGCGUGGCCACGCCUGGGAUUUCCUACGCGAGCCGCUGGCAGCUGGCAGCCAAGGGCACGCCCCGUCAGGAGGACGACCCGGAUGGUGAGCUCAGGAAGCAGGUGGAACAUCUCUGGGAGGACCUGGAGCCGAAGCUGAUGUACCUGUCACGUGACGACCGCCUUCUAGCUCUUUCGGCACUUUGUGUUGCAGCGUUGGCACACAAGGGCCAGACUCGCAAAUCCGGUGAGCCUUACAUCGUGCACCCAGUGGCGGUGGCCGAACUUUUGGCGCUGCUGAAGGUGCAGGCAGAAGUUAUCGUCAGUGGCCUGCUACAUGACACGGUGGAAGACAACGCCACCAUGCGCUUCGAAGACCUGGAGGGCAUUUUCGGGCCAGAUGUGCGACGCAUCGUAGAGGGCGAGACGAAGGCCUCCAAGAGGACGGCUGGAUGGAGUCGCUACACUUCGCUGUUCAAUCAAUUCCUCGGGAAGCCGCCCUCGCCCCCAGAGGUGGCAAAGGCUCGGGAGCAGGCAGAGAACUUGCGGGAUAUGUUUUUGGCGAUGGCCGACGACUACCGGGUGAUCCUGGUGAAGCUGGCCGAUCGGCUGCACAAUAUGCGCACGCUCGAGUUCAUGCGAGAGGACAAGCAGAAAAAGAUUGCAGCGGAAACGCUUUUCGUGUUCGCCCAACUCGCGCACCGCCUGGGCGUUUGGCUCUUCAAGACCGAGCUGGAAGAUUUGUCAUUUAAGUACCUCUACCCGACAGAAUUCCAGAAGCUGAACAAGCUCCUGAGUGCAAGACGAGCGCAGUAUGAAUCUACGCUUCAGCUUGCCACAAGCGAUUGCGCAGAAAUCCUGAGGCAAGACGCCACGUUUCAGGAGCACGAUGUACGCAUCGAGCUCACUGGCAAAGAGAAAGGCCUAUACUCGCUAUGGGAGAAGAUGCGGCGUAAGCGGACAUACCUCAACAACAUUGAUGACGUGGCAGAUGUGAUCGCCCUGCAUGUCGUGCUGGACAUCGACAAGCUGGAGGAUGAAGACGACGAAGCCUACGCAGCCCGAGCAGCCAAAUACUGUUACCAUGCCUUGGGCUUGGUCCGGAAGCUGCCAAAUUGGUCUGGAGGAGAUUGCGUGAAGGACUACAUCCGGUACCCAAAGCCCAAUGGCUACCAGUCGCUGCACGUCACCUUCAUCCACGAGGACUCGGUGGUGCCCCUGGAGCUCCAGAUCCGAACCCGACGCAUGCACGAGGUGGCGGAGUACGGCAUAUGCUACGCGCAUUGGAAUUAUGAAGACCGGUCCAAGAUGUCAGAGACGCAAAGCCGCCGUGUGACCUUUCUGGACUCGCUGGCAGACAAAGACAGAAAGCUCAGAGCUGACCCGCUGGAGUUCGUGCAGGAGGUCUUGCGUGACGAGCUGGGAAAGAGGUGCUUCGUAAUCUUGGGUAACGGCACCAUCCUGGAGCUUUCUCGUGGCUGCACCGCCUUGGAUGCGGCCUUCAAGAUCCACGAGCAGGUUGGCCUCCACAUGCUUUACCCCGUCAUCAACGACAAAAAGGUGAGCCCCUUCUAUUUGCUUCAAAACGGCGACCGUGUGCAGAUCGUCACCUCACAGGAGGCCGUGCCCAAGAGGGAAUGGCUUGCCUGCGCCUUUCUGCAUUCAACGAGACAGAGCCUCAAAGCCUUCUUUGACGAGCGAAAGAAGAACAAGAACAGCAAGAAGGACAAGGAGCGCGCGGUAGAUGUUGCUGCAGCCUUGGCGACAGCAGCAACGGCUGCCGCAGCGCUGCCACUGGUGCAUUAGGAUAGGCUGACAUGACGCAUGACGGCUAGGGACCCAAGAUGGCACAUUGGUCGAAUGGCUCACUCUUAGUCCCCUUUUGUUGAAUGGGACCAAAACGGGGGGCUCUACGGGCAACAUGCCGUCCUAAUUGCCGUGGCCCCAUGAGCUCAUGGCCUUGGCCACUGCAAGGGCUCAAUUCAACUGUUGCAACAGCUGCUGUUUGGGGCAGACCUUGUUCCUCGCAAAGAGUACUCACAAUACUUUGCGGCGCUUUUCGUAGCAUUCGAGACGGAAUCAUUCCCAGGCGCAUUGCCGCAAGUUUCACCCAAAGUGCGAGCAGAGCGUCGCAGUGCCAAUGGCGUCUGGCGCCUUCUGCCGCAAUUUUUUAACAGACCAUUGUACACAGAGCAGUUCCAGGAGCGCUUAACGAUUUUUCGACAAACAUGGUGACGGAAACUCAAAUGG